ACCCGGCUAUCAACUGCACCUUGUGCUGUAGUUGUGAGUUGCCUCCUACAAAUUGUCAGUAGGGACGAGGAAGCCUUUCACUGCUCACCUCAGGCUUCACCUUCACCAAUUAGCGACAAAUACGAAAGGAAGAGACACUGCAAAGGAGUUGGGUAGCAUCAAUUUUGACGGGCAAUGUCAGCCGUGUAGAUUUGCCUGCGUCAAGCCGGUGAAAUGAGCGACAGAGCAGAGAUGAGAGGGCCCGUAACCCGCCGGAGGAGGACCACCAUCUCCGGCGGCGGAGCGGCUAGCGUCAAACAAGCCAACGGCAGCAAGUGGCACGAAGCAGCCGAGAAACCGCCGCUGUGCCCCGGUAAGGUAAAACCAGUGGAGGUCUCCAGGCAGGCGAACAACAACGACAAGGUGGACAGGGAGAAAGAGAUGCCGAAGCAGCAGCAACUCACACACAGUUCAAGGAAAGAGAGUGGCACCGUGGAAGAUAUCAACGACAGACUCAGCUGUCACAUCCUGCAGGAGUCCCUCCUGAGCUCAGCAAGCGGGUACAGCAACUACCGAGGAAUCCUCAACUGGUGUGUUGUCAUGCUGGUGUUGAGUAAUGCACGCCUUUUUUUGGAAAACCUUAUAAAGUAUGGCAUCUUGGUAGAUCCUAUCCAGGUAGUGUCGCUGUUCUUGAAGGACCCUUAUAGUUGGCCAGCAGCUUGCCUGAUCAUUGUGUCUAAUGUGUUCAUCAUAGCAGCUUUGUACACCGAGAGGCGACUGGCUGUGGGUACUAUCUCAGAAACAACAGGAUUAAUUUUUCACAUUUUUAACCUGGCAGCCCUGUUGAUUUUUCCUUCUGCUACUGUACUCACUGUUACCUCCUUGACUCCAGUGGGUGGUGUACUCUCCCUAGGCGUCUACACAGUGCUGUUUCUCAAACUGUACUCCUACAAAGAUACCAACAGGUGGUGCAGAGAAAUCAGACAAGCCAAGGCCAAGAGGCUGACUCGAUCAUACUCCUGUCCAUCUGUGGCCCGUUCUAAUGGUUCAGCAGUACAUACUCAUGUCUCAUACCCAGGAAACCUCACCCACAGAGACAUUUACUACUUUGUCUUCGCCCCUACUCUCUGCUACGAGCUCAACUUUCCUCGGUCGUCACGGAUACGCAAAAGGUUCCUGCUGAGAAGACUUUUUGAAAUGCUUUUCUUCAUGCAGUUACUGGUGGGAUUGAUACAGCAGUGGAUGGUGCCUACUAUACAGAACUCAAUGAAACCAUUUCAGGAAAUGGACUUUUCCAGGAUGAUGGAGCGCCUGCUGAAACUAGCUGUCCCCAACCAUCUGAUAUGGUUAAUAUUCUUCUAUUGGUUUUUCCACUCCUCUAUGAACUUUGUGGCAGAGCUGCUGCAGUUUGGAGACAGGGAGUUCUACAGGGACUGGUGGAACUCUGAAACUGUGACAUAUUUCUGGGCCAACUGGAACAUCCCUGUUCACAAGUGGUGCCUGAGACACUUCUAUAAGCCCAUGCUGAGGAAGGGGGUCAACAAGUUUAUGGCUCAGACUGCUGUCUUCUUGGUUUCUGCCUUCUUCCAUGAGUAUUUGGUGAGCAUUCCCCUGAAGAUGUUCAGACUGUGGGCCUUUAUGGGCAUGAUGGCACAGGUUCCUCUGGCUUUGUUCGUCGGUCGCUUCCUGAAUGGAAACUAUGGCAACGCCGCUGUGUGGAUCUCACUCAUCAUUGGCCAGCCAGUUGCUGUGUUGAUGUAUGUCCAUGACUACUAUGUCUUACAUUACGGGACUACUACGUAAUGCUGGACAAACAAGAAGACACACACAUACACACAUGAACAUAAACACACAGAAUCAACUAUGGAACAACAUGAAGUCCCUGAGAGAUGCACAUGUUCAAGAACACAUUCAAACACACCGGACGUAGGACAAUCUAAAGAACGAAUGUAGCACAAUCUAAGGUGACGCAAAAGGGAAAUCACCGUAAUAUGAACAUGUCAUUUAAAAUAUGUAACAGCAGGAAGCUUGUUAGUGACCAGAAGAUGUUGCAAAAAUUGUUUCAAAUAUUUGAAAUACACGGGAAAUGCUUGAUUUAUUUAGGUAAUUCCACUUUUGUAGGACAUUUACACUUCAGCAUGCACACCCUUUUGUAAUUCAGAGGUUGGCCUCCUACUUUGGUAUCUGCUGUCACCACCAGGGUUCAGGUGCUGCUUGUUCCCUCACUCUUAGUAUCAGGAGCUGCUCCUGGUAUAUUAACAAAAACCUGUUUUUGUCAGAGGCUAAUUUUCCAAAAUAAUAGUAAAUGUAUGGUGCUGAGGUUUCCCAGUGACCCAGUAUUGGUGGUAGAAAUGAAAUUGAAAAAAUGAAAUUCUUCUACCCAGGUUAAUCUAAACUGAGCACUCCUCUUGGGUUUCAAAUGUUUGAAAAAUGCACACAGUGCUAUGUGCAAUAGAUGUGAAACAAACACUGCCUAGCAAGCACAAGCCUGAGAACAGGGGCCUGCCUCGCUCCACAGCCAGUCUAAUGUCUAAUGUUUUUAGACCCAAGUGGUGUGGUGAGAGAAAUGACAAAUCACCUCUUUCAUGUUUCUUAUAAAAGAUGGAGCAAAGAAAAUUUUGAGCCAGAUAGUUUUCCUACAAGCUGAAGUUCAGAGUUGCAAGUCGACCAUUCAGGACACCUCCAGCUCUAAGAAGUGUCUGCAGUUUGUUACAUUUCCCAAAGUGACAAACUUUUUUUGCAUUUACUCUGUACAUGUUUCCUUUCCUCCUCUACCCUCUCUUGAUCCAGUACAAUUAGUGUACAUCAUGAGUUUGUAUUUAAGGCAUUUGUAAAAAAUUACCAAAGGAACGAGGGGAGGGCUUUAGGACAGAGGGGUUGAGGAGGGACAGACAGGAUGUCAUCUUAUUUGUACAGACAUGAGACCUACAGGCAGCCCCUCUCGUUUUUAAAUAUGAACAUGAUCAAUGCAAGCAAGAAAUUCACUAUACAGGUCUGUUGUUUGCCUUUGCUUUACUGUCUCUAUUGUGUUGCAUUUGAGUAAUCAGAUGAUUUAUUUUCUUGUUUUAUUUUGUUUGUUAAUAUAACUGACUGCAGUUAUAUCCUGCCAUCCUGAAAUUAAUGUGUUUAUAUUGUAUUUGUUUCAGCAGUGAUUUAAUUCAGUAGAUAUUUUUUGUUGAUUUAUUGAUCUGAAUCUGUGAAUGUGAAUUUUGCACUUUAAAAAGAGAUGCAUGCUGUUGACUAAAGCAAUAGAUUUCUAUGAAUGUAUUCUUAAGUUAUAU